CACUGCUCUCGCCUCCCGAGGCACACUGAACCCACUCCCCAAACCCUAGCUCCCCCCCCUCUUCUCGCACUCGUCGCCCCAACCCCGGAUCCAACCCGCGCGGAGCUCGAGCGCUCCCCUCUCCCGAAUCCGAGCGCGCGGCAGAUGGGCUCCGACGCCAAGGAGCUGCUCGGGAUCGAGCCCCUCGAGCUCUGCUUCCCCUUUGAGACGAAGAAGCAGAUCUCGUGCUCCAUGCAGCUCACCAACAGGACGGAUGGCUACAUCGCCUUCAAGGUCAAGACAACCAGCCCGAAGAAGUACUGCGUCCGGCCGAACAGCGGCAUCGUGCCACCGCGCUCCACCAGCGACGUCAUCGUGACAAUGCAAGCGCAAAAGGAGGCGCCGCCGGGAAUGCAGUGCAAGGACAAGUUUCUCGUGCAGAGCGCUGUGGUGACCGAGGGCAUGGCAGUCAAGGAUAUCACCGGAGAGAUGUUCAAAAAGGAAUCAGGGAAUGUGGUGGACGAGGUGAAGCUGAAGGUUCUCUACGUCGAACCACCCCGGCCACCGUCGCCUGUGCGGGAGGGGUCUGAAGAGGGCUCGUCGCCCCGGCCUUCAUUCUCAGAUGGGGUUUAUCGAGAUAUGGAGGCAACGAAGGAAACUGAUGAGACAACAUCGUUCUCUGAAAUGAGAGCGCAUAAAGAACCUGAAGAGGUUAACUUUGAGACAUCUGCGUUGAUUUCGAGAUUAACUGAAGAGAGAAACUCUGCUAUUCAACAGAACAACAAGCUUCGUGAGGAACUGGACAUGGUGAGGAGGGAGAUCAGCAAGCAGGAUGGUGGUUUCCCAUUUGUGUUCGUGGUCGCGGUUGCUCUGCUGGGAAUUCUACUGGGAUUUGUCAUGAAGAGAUAGAUGAUCAUGUGCAACUCUGCAUCUUGUUAGGCUUCUGUCCUCAACUGAAUCGAAUACUGUUGGCGUCUGCAUUUCCUGAUACACUUAUUUACAUGUGUAACACUACUACUUCGCAGCAUAUUCAUCUUAGGGUAUGACGUCCUCUGUAGUUGCAAAGAUCAGAUUGUUUGACCACCACACCCGGUCUAGUCGUCGUCAUGCUAAUGGUAGUUUGUUACAAGGUUGCUGCCAGCUUGGGCAUUGGUGUACUUUUGGUAAAUUGUAACUAAUGUGCUGAUUACCUGAGUGAUAUUUAUCCAUUGUUUUCAUGAGCUGUAUUCUAUA